CGAAUGCUGUCUUGGGAGUACAAAAUGGUAUAAAUCAAAUAUUCUUCAUAGUCAGUGGUAUAUUUACGCAAGACGUCGAAGCUUUCACUUUGCUCCGCAGUUUUCUUCGGGGAGAUGUUGACAGAUACACGAUAAUUGUGCGAAUUAGAUUUGCAAGUUUCCGUGAUCCGGAAAAAAUCGCAAAAACAAAGAAAUGUUGA